AAGCACUAGUUCACUAAUAUUAAAGGGAAUAUAGAUAGAGACUUGGUUGUAACUGCUGGGUUUUGCAGGGCACUGAGCAGUCCUAUACGCUUGAGAAAAUGAGAUUUCCCUCCUCCUAGUGUGUUAAUACUAGCUGCCACUUUUGUCUGUGGUGUAUAUAUAUAUAUAUAUAUAUACACACACACUGUGAUCUUUUUAUUUCAUCUUGUAUCUUUAUUGCGUCUCCAAGUUUUGAAGAGGGGAGGGUUGUCUUGAAUAAAGAAAAGGAAAAGGAAAGGUAGGAAGAGCAAGAGGUGAGCUUAGGGUAGAAAAGCAAAAGAAGAGGUCUUUCUCAGACACAGAUCCCUAUGGAAUGCAGGAGGGAUGCCCAGCAUUGCUUGCUGGAACUCAUUCUUUUUGUUUAGUUUAAAGGAACUUGCUUUGUUCUCUUUAGAAAUCUUUUCAGAGAGAGAAAGAAAGCAUAUAGAUUCAGUUGCAGGAGUUGGAUUUUCUUUUUAAAUGAGCGGUUGGAUUUGAUCCAAUCCAUUUUUGCAGCUAGAGAACAAAAGAAAAGAAAAGGAAAAAAAGAGUUCCAAAAAUUAGAGGAAGCAUAGAGAGAGAGAAAUAUAUGUUAGGCCUAUGAUUAGUUCAUUUCUCCCCAAUGAUUGAGUUGCCUUGCCUCAAGAGAAACAGAAACAUACCAAGAAUCUCUACCAAGCUAGAAGGUACACAGUUAAGAAAUGAAGUCCAUGAACAAUGAUGACCAGGACAACAACAAUACUAACUGGUUAGGUUUCUCCCUCUCUCCUCACAUGAAAAUGGAAGUUCCUUCUGGUGUUAAUCACCAUCACCAAGCGCAGUCUGCAUCUGCUUCUGUUCCUACUGCAAUCUCAGCAAGCCUUUUCCACUCCCAACCACAUUCAAACCUAAAUUAUUGCAAUUUAUUUGAUGUUGAAGGUGACAAUGGUGGGUUCUCUCCCUUGCCAGCGAUGCCACUAAAGUCUGACGGUUCUCUUUGUAUAAUGGAAGCUCUCACCAGAUCACAGCUUAAAGCAACAAUGGUAACAUCUUCAACUCCAAAACUGGAGGACUUCUUCGGUGGUGCAACCAUGGGGACCCAUCAAUAUGAAACCAAUGAUAGAGAAGCUAUGCCUCUUAGCUUGGACAGUAUGUAUUAUCACCAAGACCCAGAGCAUCAGCCCAACGACCAAAAUUACCUAAAUCAUCUUCAGCAAAACCCCAACAGGCACCAACAACAUCACCAGAUUCAAGUCGAACACUACCCAUAUUACAAUACUAACUUCAGGAGCUAUGAAAUGUUAGUAGGAGAGGAGCCCAAAGAGACUCAGCAGGUUUCAGAUUGCAAUCUUCAGCUUCCAACAAUUGGAGAUGAUGAGAUAAAACGCAUGAGGAAUUGGGUUUCAAGGAACUACCCAAGUAACCCCGCAAUGGACCAGCAGAAGAUGAUAAGUUGCAUGGGUGAAAAUGGAGGUGAAUCUGGAGCUAUUAGUGCAAUGGCAUAUGGGGAUUUGCAGUCUUUGAGCUUGUCCAUGAGUCCUGGCUCCCAAUCAAGCUGCGUUACUGGUUCUCAACAAAUCUCACCGGCUGUGACUGACUGUGCAGCCAUGGAAACCAAGAAAAGAGGGCCUGAUAAGGUGGAUCAGAAGCAAAUUGUUCAUAGGAAGUCCAUUGAUACAUUUGGGCAAAGAACCUCACAGUACAGAGGUGUUACAAGGCACAGAUGGACUGGGAGAUAUGAAGCCCAUUUGUGGGACAAUAGUUGCAAGAAAGAAGGACAAAGCAGAAAAGGAAGGCAAGUUUAUCUGGGGGGCUAUGAUAUGGAAGAAAAAGCUGCAAGAGCUUAUGAUCUAGCUGCUCUCAAGUAUUGGGGUCCCUCUACUCAUAUCAAUUUCCCUUUGGAAAAUUAUCAAAAAGAACUUGAAGAAAUGAAGAACAUGACUAGACAAGAGUAUGUUGCUCAUUUGAGAAGGAAAAGCAGUGGAUUCUCUAGGGGGGCUUCUAUUUACAGAGGAGUAACAAGACAUCAUCAACAUGGAAGAUGGCAAGCUAGGAUCGGAAGGGUUGCUGGAAAUAAAGACCUUUAUCUAGGAACAUUCAGUACCCAGGAGGAAGCAGCUGAAGCUUAUGACAUAGCAGCUAUAAAAUUUCGUGGAGUUAACGCUGUAACCAACUUUGACAUAACGAGGUACGAUGUGGAACGAAUCAUGGCGAGCAAUACACUUCUUGCUGCGGAGCUAGCAAGGAGAAACAAAGACACGGGAUCUGGCAAUGAGGCUACAAAUCACAAUCCUCCAACUCUAAACAGCAUUGGGGAAGCCAUUCCCUCACAGAAGAACAAUGAAAGUGAGCCAGACUGGAAAAUGGUCCUCUAUCAAUCCUCCCAGCAGCAACUCGAUCAAAAGGCAACCAAUGCUAUCGAUAAUUACAAAACUCAGGUCUUCCCAUUGACCCCAGAGAAUAUGACAGGAAUUGAUGCCAUGAGCUCAGUUCAUCAGCAAGAAGUAGAAGACUCAACCAAGAUGGGAACUCACUUGUCAAAUGCUUCAUCAUUGGUGACAAGUUUAAGUAGCUCGAGAGAAGGCAGCCCAGAUAGAGCUAGCCUGCCAAUGCUCUUUGCAAUACCUCCCUCAGCAACAUCCAAGUUGUUCACAAAUCCAACAAAUAAUGUGAAUUCUUGGAUCACAACAGCCCAACUGAGGCCUGCAGUCACCUUGCCUCACCUGCCUGUUUUUGCUUCUUGGACAGAUGCAUAGGCUAGUGUAAUUUAGCAAGUUAAAAAGGUUUUUGCACGGGAAAGAAAAUUAGAACAAGGGGGAUAUAAGAUUGUUUUUUAUGUGGGUUUUGCUUUAAUUAGUUGGUGGAGAAAAUUGGUGGGUUAAUGCCUCAACGGAGUUGUAGGUAGCAUCGUUUCAUGAACAAGCGCUGAAAUUUUCUGAACAUUAUUAUCCUUUUAGCAUUCUCUUAUAUGAAGAAGAUCUUCAAAGUAAUGGUGGAGGGAAGCUUUAAAGGCAAAUAUGAUUGAAGUCUGUGAAAUGAUUUUGCAAUAUGGGAUGACCUCUGCAUUCAUGAUUA